AUGAGCAACCUGAAUGGAAACACCAAUGGAAUGAGAAUCCCUCAUGAAGAAGAAGCCUUUAACGAUUUUUUCAAGCAUGAUGACUACAUGGAAAACCUCAAGGGCGGCACCAUGAAGACGGACAUUGUGAGAAAUCUGAAAAAUGGAAAUUUCACGUAUAACGGGAAGAACUCAGUUUUGUGUGCUCCCGAACAGGACAAUGACACUUACUCCAAAAUGGACCCUUCAAUGUGCAGGGAUGCGAACGGCCCAGUGGUCGCAGGGAAGCGGAACGCUGCGAUCAUGAUGCAGAGGAUGGAAGCGGAGAAGGGGACCUCGCCUGCUGGUGAUAACGGAGCGGGCGGCAAGGAUGUUAGCGGAAACGAUCUUAGCGGCAACUUCCGGAGUGGUAACGCCGGCGAGAAGGGACAGCGAAGAGAUGGCGCCAUCCUGUACUUGAAGAAAAUAAAAAACGUGAAUAUCUCGUGCAAGCAAAAUUUCCUCUUCUUCAUAUCGAACAUAUUCCUAAGUGAAAGCAUCAACAAAAUGAGUGUAAAAGAAAUAAUCCCACUUUUCGAAAUUGUCAUGGUAAGCAUUAAAGACUUUGUGAAGUAUAUAAAAGUCUUCCCCCCCUCCAUGCCCGCAGUGCAUAACUUUAAAAGCUACUGUAAUGUGAAGACGCCGUACUAUAAGUUCGAAAAAUUAACAUGCGCAGCUACGCACUCCCUCUUAGUACUAACUUACCUUCCGACUGAUCACGAAAUCUUUGUUCUUUGCAAGUUACUUAUUUUGAUAUGUGAAUCUGCUGCAGAUAAGAGUGAGACUUACAAAAUUAUAGGCACCAAACUGUUUAAGAUUGUUCAGGAGGCCAUAAAAAAAAUGCUUGUUCUUUUAAGGCGAGGCCAACAGAGUGAAAGGGAGGAGACCCUCAGUUUGUUGGCCCACAGUGGGAAAGAAGACGAGAUGUGUCCUAACCGUGUAACUGGCGAAAGCGAUUGCACUAUUAGCAGCAACCUCUGCCGUAAGGACGACACGCCCUUCCAAAGCACAACGAAUGCAAGCGCGAGUGAGAACACAUCUGCGCACACAAAUCCGGGCUACUUUAACGAACUGUUCCUCCACCUGGAGGUACUCCUGUGCAUAUUAGACCAAAUGUGCAGAAACUACAAAGAACUAAAGAAGCUAGUUACCUCCUACAUAGAAGACAACCAGAGUUACAACGUAAAUCACAUGGUCCCAUUCAUCCGUUACAACAUCAUUCAUCACAAAGCGUUAGACAAAAUGUUGUGUAAAAUAUCCAGAUAUAGUAACAACCUCUAUUCUGUUUCAUUUUGCACGGAGCUCAUCAAUUAUGUAGUUAUUAAGAAGAAGUAUUUACCUGCGGAUCAUGUUAGGAAGACCAUUAAAAAGCUAAUCAUGAUAAAUAAAAUGUUAUGUAGUGAUAAUCAACAUGUUUAUAUUCCUCCUACGAAAGAGACCAUUCUGCAAAACACCAAGAGGGAAUUGAAGCAAAUGUUUGAGGGGCUUCAAUCUUUGAAGAAACAGACCAAGGAACCACAGGAAGAGUCCAUAAAAACGCGCAUCAAUCUGACGGAGUAUAUAUUCCCGAGGAAGGGAGGCGGAGAGAAGACAAGGAAGGAGAAAAGUGCUGAUCGCGCGUGCAAAGGUAGUGAAUCUGGGAAAGCGAAAGACGAGGAGAUACAGAGCACGAACGACCAGGUAAAUGGGAAAGACACCCAAAAGCAGAGUAGUAGCAAAAAAGACGCAGCAACCCCAAACACGUGUCAUCAACAGAAGGAGCAAGUGCUCAAAGAAAACAACAAGCAGACGAUGCCCAUUUCAGUGACCCACCAAAAUAGCAGCAACGAGUGCCCGAAUGAAUCAUCCAUCACAUCCCCGCAGAGUAGUAACAAGUCACCCAACGCUGGAAACUCCUUUUUUAUAGCAAACGUAAAAAUUCACUAUGACCAUAACAACGUAGGUGAGCGCACCAUGUAUUUGUUGGAAAGACUGAGCCUAGAAAAUAAAACCAUUAACACGGAGAAAAUGAUCAGGAAGGAAAUUGUGAGCAACGAUUUUAACGAAGAAGGCGACCCUGCAAACAGCGAAAGUGCUAAUCCAAAUGGGGAGAACACGGACAGCGAUAACAAGGAACAAUACAUCAACCAUGGUUUAAAAAAUGGAUCUGCGGUAACUAUAAAUCGUAGCACUAUUAGAACGGAGGAUGGAAACGUUAGCAACUUAGGGGAUAGUACCGAACAGGAACAAAAUGAAGCCCAAGGGAAGAAACAUUUUAGCUCCUCCUCAUUGUACUCUUUUGAAUCGGAAAACUCAGAAAUGUCAGAUUAUUCAUCGACCUCCUCCAAUUCGUUUUCACCAAGCAGGCAGGGCGAAGAGGAAGAGGAACAGCAGGACGAAGAGCAGGACGAAGCGGAAGAGAAAAGAAACCACUACAAUGACACAUCUUCGUCUAGCUCCGUCGUCUCGUCCGUGUCGAGCGCGUCCGCCCUGAGCACCUUGUCAGCCUCCUACCUCGCCAUGCAGUCCGAAUUACAAAAGGAUACAAGUUUGAAGAUCCCCGAGAGCCAGAAAAACAGCCUAAUAAAUGACGUCCCCACCGUCAAAGAAAGCAACCUGAAUGAGAAGCCCCCAAAAAAGUACAUGCAGUAUUACUACGUACGCGACUUGUUGUACGAACCGGUGAGGUGUAAAUUUUUGCCUGCCCCACCUGUAGUGAAAGAAGAAAGAGGGUUAUUCAUUGCGUACCUUUUUGCGGAGUGGAACAUUUUGUAUAAGAAUUAUUUAAAUAUUUUGAAGAUGAGCAUUUGGAACCCCAUGCUGGAGAUCAUCAAGCAGCAACACAUUUCAAAGUGUGUAAAAUAUUUGGUGAAAUUAUGCACCAUUGGCUUUCUUGGCAUGGACCACUUUACGAAUCAGUUUCUGUCUCAUUCGCUUAACAUUUCGGUUAGUAUAGCUGUGCAGAAUUUGAAGAAAGCGGCACACGAUGUCAAACUGAGUGACACAGUGAAUGGGGGCAGUCCAAGCAACAGGGACGGACAACCCGUAGAGGGAGACAUGCCACGCAAAACGGAUGCAGAAGAAGUGAUCCAGACGAACGAGCGUCACUUACAUAAGAAGGAAUCGCCCCAGGAGUCGCUACAAAAGGGGGAACCUACCGAAAUCAAUGGCCGUUGCAACUGGAUAGCACCGAACGAAGGGGAAAAGGAACAGGGCAAUGAAAAUUUCAUGAAGGCUAAAACAAACGACGCAGAGUUAAGAGAAACGCACAAAACGAGCGACUUACUAAAUUACAGCUAUGUGGAUGCCUGGUGUAAAAUGGUCAUAACGAUGAGCAAGCUAGUAGAGCAAGAACACCUGUCCCCAGUAAUAAUCCUACAGAGGGCCCUCCAUGUUAUAUGCAGAGUCAUACACAAAAAGUGCGAAACUGAAAAGAAGACAUUUAAUCAGAGACCCUACUUUAGGCUAUUACACUGUUUGCUGGUCGAUAUCAACGAAAGUUGUGUGCAUCCAAAUGACAUAUACAUUUAUAUGGACUGCUUUGCGAACUGCUUUUCUUUGUUGUCCCCGUUAAGAGUCCCAUCAUUUUGUUUCUCAUGGCUAGAGCUCAUAUCGUCCAAAUAUUUUAUGCCGAAGAUGUUGGCCAAGAUUUGUGGCUGGGAAGCAUACAAAGAGUUGCUAGUUGCCUUGUUCACCUUUAUGAAUUUUUUUUUAAAAAAGGUAAAGAUAUCGAAAGCGAUAGAGGCGUUGUACAUAGGAACAGUAAGAAUCCUCCUGGUGCUGCUACAUGAUUUCCCAGAUUUUUUAUGCUGCUAUUAUGUGACCUUCUGCAGUUUGUUUCCACUGAAUUGUAUCCAAUUACGAAACCUUGUUCUGUCCGCAUUCCCAAGAAACGUAAAAUUGCCUGACCCGUUCAUGUCAGAUGUAAAAAUUGACUUGUUACAAGAAAUUAAGUUAGUGCCAAAAAUUUUGACAAAUAUCAUAUUCCCUCUCUUCAAAAAGAAAUUAAAAAAUCUAAUUGAUGAGUAUUUCACAAAUCCGGAUUUUACUCUACUCUUGCAUAUUAAGGACAAAUUAUUUUUUUCGAAAAGGAAGACAUACCACUACUCUGCUAAGUAUGACGUGGAUGUUUUAAACUCCCUCAUUAUGUACGUAGGAACGAGCAUUUGUAGAGCCAAGGUGAAUAAUAUGUUCAAAUUUAACAGCAACUGUGACCCUGUACUGCUACUCAAAUGUGAAGAUAGCAAUGGCAAUGUUCCUGAUGAUCAAGAGGAAUUACUGCAAGAAAUUGUUCUGCGUGACCCUGUGGAGAAAAGAAAAGAAAAAAAUAUUGUUUCCGCUACGAAACGAAAUAAAGCACAAAAAAUACAGAAUAAAGAACAAAAAAUACAGAAUAAAGAACAAAAAAUACAGAAUAAAGAACAAAAGAUGCAUAAUAAAGAGCAAAAAAUACAUAAUAAAGACCAGUCGGAACCCAACUUGUCCAAAAAAUAUGUAGAACUUAUGAGGGACAACAACGAGGGGAAAAAUGAAGAACAGGAGUUUUCUGGUAGCUACGAUGACGAAAAUGGUGAAAAUCUGGUGAUGGGUCUCAUGGAUGACGAUGCCGAUAAUGACAGUGACCACCGCGGAGAUGCAAUUUUGCAAAGAAGGAAGAAGCGAAGGAACGUUAUUGUUGUAAAGAAUAAUUUGGCCUACACUCUCUUCCUGUUUUUAUGCAAAGAGCUGGACAUGGAAGGGAGGUACUUGCUCCUGUCAAAUAUUGUGAAUCAUAUUAGGUACCCCAAUUCGCACACCCACUAUUAUUCUUGCCUCAUUUUAUUUCUGUUUUCGCAAUCGAACGAUGUUGUCAUUCAAGAGCAGAUAAUUCGAGUGCUGCUGGAGCGCGUCCUUGCGCAUAGGCCUCACCCCUGGGGAUUGCUGAUAACCUUUAUCGAGUUGAUAAAAAAUGCCAAAUUUCACUUUUGGGAAUGCCCAUUUGUCCACGCCGCAUCAGAGAUAAAGAAGUUGUUCCAGUCAGUUGCGCAAGCGUGCCUGGGCCGCGCUUAA